AUGGAGUUUCACUGCAUGAACACACUCACUUCUUACAAGACACUGUCUUCAGUUGUCGGAACCCUCGAUCCAGAAAUUUCUACUGAGCUAGCCAGGAGACCAGAAGAAAACCCCCUAGACCUCAACAAUUUGCCUGAUGACUACCAUAGAGAUGGCAAACAAGUCCUCGAAGAUAUCUCCUCUUCUGCAGGUUGCAGGAAAAAGAAAAGCGGCGGGAGGGAUGGAAAAGAAGAGUGCGGUAAGGUCUAUGAGUGUAGGUUUUGUUCCCUCAAGUUCUGCAAAUCUCAGGCUCUUGGAGGUCACAUGAACCGUCAUCGCCAAGAAAGGGAAACCGAGACGUUGAACCAUGCUCGUCAGCUCGUCUUCCGUAGCGAUCACACCAUAGCCGCCCAAGGGGCCCCUCACUUGGGGUGCUGCCAACCAGUUGUCACAGGAAGCUAUGGAGGCAGCAACAUGGGAGAUCCAACAAUGCCUCUGAGAUUUCCGAGGUACUUGUCGGGUUCAUCCUCGACCCACAUAUCUCCGCCGCCGCCGCCGCCGCCACCGCCACCGCAGCCGUACAUGUACGCGUCUCCGUCACGACCAGUAUCAUCAUAUCCCUCACACUAUAACUCGACCCAAGUGAAUGACUACUAUGUGGGUCGCGUUCUGCACAACUAUGUGGGCGAGUCAUCAAACUACACCUGUAUCGGUGCGCCAGUGGGUCAAGGGUUCGUUGGCAAGGACGGGACACUGCAGAAUCAGGAAGAGUGCUUGAAUUGGGGAAGGAGCUAUUCAGCGAUCAAUCGGUUUCAAGAUGGGCUCUAA